CUUUAAUUGAAAUCCACUUCUCAUCUUUUCCCACUCUUCUAAGUUUCAAAUUUUUCUCAACUUCUGUCAACUAACGCCGUUAUUCGUAUAACUAUAAACUCGCUCGAUGAGGUAAAUCCCAUUGUCCCAACGCCAUAUAACUAUCACACACGCUGGGCUUGGAGAGGUAAGGAACUCGGGAAUUCCAGAAAACAGCAGAAAUUCAAAGCAUUCAAACUCGAAAUCCAUUCUAAUAAUAUGGGGCUCGAAGGUGUUGAAACUCAUAUUGACAAGGAGCUCGAUGGUAUCAUCAUUUAUUCAAAUGGCACUCAUCCUGAGCACCCACUGAAUGAGAAUUCCGAAAUAAAGCAUUAUGAAAGAAAAGAAUGCGACGUUGAAAGUCCAGAUGAGGUUACAAAACUCUGUCAAGUUGAGGCACAUGAGCAGGAUGUUCCGAGCCUCAAUCAUGGUGAAAUGAACCUGUUAGGGGAAAGCGUGAGGAAUGACGAUAUAGUCAUAGUUGAUGACGAUAAGACGAGAGGUUGUGUUGAAAAGACUGCCAAAUCUGCCGUUGGUAACUGCAGAAACAAAUGCACAGUGCCACAGCCAUUUGCACUGGCAACUGAAAAACGGGCAUCAAUUGAACCCCGUCUCUGUGGGACUGAGUGUGAUAAUACAGAAACAGGAGAUAAGUUGCCAAAAAAAUUCUCACCUGUUUUACAAAGAAAGCCAUUGCAACCUACUAACAAGAAGCACCCUGAUGAAGAUACUUGUUCAGUUGCCUCAUUAUUCUCUACGGCUUUGGUUAGUAAAAUCAAGUCAGCAAUUGUUGCUUCAGCUCCUGUGUUUAAGAGCACAGAACGUGCUGAGAGGAGGAAGGAGGUAGCCUUUGUCAUUGUUAUUAUAACUUCUGAACACUUUUUUGUCAGGUUAAGCGAAAUUGAAUGCGAUUCUGUCUUCUUAUUUGAACCAUUGGAUCUAUUUCAGUUCUUCUCAAAAUUAGAGGAGGAGCAUCAAGCGUUGGAGGCAGAGAAAACACAAUGUGAGGCCAAGACUAAGGAAGAGGCUAAGGCAGCAAUCAAGCAACUAAGGAAGAGUUUGAUGUUCAAGGCGAGUCCAAUGCCCAGCUUCUACCAUGAGGGCCCACCUCCCAAGGUUGAACUCAAAAAGCUGCCUCCAACUCGUGCAAGAUCACCAAAAUUGGGACGAAGAAAGACUUCUCGUGUUGAAAAAGUAUCAAGGAAGGCAAACAACGAGGCUCGUGAGAGUUUCGCAAUAUUCAGAGACAGUCCAUCUGUUGCAUCCACAAAUGGGAAAUUUAGAAGUAAUGCAAGAAAUGGUAAUGCUUCAUCCAAAACUGGGGAACUACCCACCAAACAAGGACCAAAAAUGGAUAAGGUUUUCAAAACAAAUCCGAUUGAAGAGAAACAUGCAAAUGUUGAUGUUAAUUCAUGAUGAACUGUUUCCUAAGUUAUUUGAAAUUAAUAGUGUAAAGAAGUUAAUUUUAUGUGGUGAGCUUAUACAGCAAACUCUAUUGCGUGGAUUGUGUAAAUUAAUUUGUUCCGAAUUUCUUUUAGCUAAAAAUAUUUAAAAACUUGCAUCUUGCUGUAAUAUACAUUCCUUUUGUUCUGGAAAGUGGUUGGCCAUUAUUUUGGAUUUACA